AUGGCGCCGACGCCGGCCGUGCCGCCGAGCAAUGCGCUGUGGUUGACCUUUAUCGGCGCUUGGCGCGACGAGGCGCGCGAGAGGGGAUCCAAGGCGGCGCAGACGUUUAACAAGGCCUACCGCUCGCUGGCGGCAUGUCCGAUCCCGUUUCAGCAUCCGUGCCAGACGACACAGCUGGUCGGCAUCGGUCCGACGAUUGCCUCGAGGCUCGAGCAGGAGCUCCAGAAGUGGUGCGACGAGAAUGGCGAGACGAUGCCAGAGAGGCCUACUGUUUCCGCCGGCGGGUCCGCCAGGAAGACCGCCAAGGCCGCUGCCACCUCCAAGGCCACCAAGACGACAUCCAAGGCCGACGGAAGGGGUGCGCAGCAGGCGGUCAAUGGCGGCGACGACGGCGACCAAGGCAGGGACGGUGGCGCCGGCGACGAUGGCGACGACGACGACGACGAUGACGACGACAGCAGCUCCAACGGCGACGGCGAUGGAGCAGGAGCAGCCGCGGCUGGGACAAAGAGGUCCAACGCAGCCAAGCCAAAGGCAGCUGCGAAGAAGCCUCGCGCGCCGUCAAAGAAGGCCUACGUCCCGCAGCUGCGCUCCGGCGCCUACGGCCUCAUGCUGGGCCUCUUCUCCAGGACGCACAGCGGUGUCGGCGGCGAGGAAGUCUACCUCAGCAAGGACGAGCUGAUCCAGGCGUCGCAGCCCUACUCGGACUCGGACUACGUCAACGGCGGCGGCGGCGGCAGCCGCUCCGUCAUCAGCGCAUCCAUCGCCCUGCCCCACUCGUCCCAGGCCCCCUCGAGCCGGACGGCGCCAAAGUCGUACUACAGCGCCUGGAACAGCAUGAAGACGCUCAUCACAAAGGGCUACGUCUACCAGACGGGCAACCCGCCCAAGUUCUGCCUGAGCGAGCAGGGGUUCACGGUCGCAGCAACCAUGGCCCACGAAGCCGGCGUCAAGCAGGCGGAUGGCGCGGGCCGCGGCGACAGCAGCAGCAUCCUCAUCGACGAGGCGCCGCCGCCCAAGCCCGGUCCAUCGAGGCUCGCACCAGCUCGACGCAGCGCCGCAGCUUCGGCGGACGAGGCCGGCCCCCCGACUCGCUCGUCGGGGCCGCCCGCUUUCCGCUACGCAUACCUGCUCGACGGAGAGGCGUCGAGAUUGGUCCUGUCGCGCUCCGACGCCGCUCAGCGGCCAAGCCGAUCGGGCGCCGAGACGUGCUACCGGAUCCGCUUUCCGCGCAGCAUGAGCGGCCACGAGACUGCCGCCCACUUCGUCGAGCUGAUCGAGGAGGACGAGAGCGCGGACGACAUGCUCACGGGCUACCUCAGAGAGGCCAAGGCCGAUCCAGUGGCGCCGGGGCUGAAAGGCUCGACCGAUCCAGUCCCGAAGCCUGCCUCUUAUCCCGUCCUCGACCCGGCCCCCGAUGUGGCCCCUCGGCCUACGACCAAGCCCGCCUCUGGCCAUGCUGUGGAGUCCGACCGCCCGGUCGCCGCGCGCUUCGAAGAGACCUUGUCGGACGACGACAUCGAGGCCGAGCUGGCCAGGCUGGUCGAGGGCAAGGCCAGCGCAGCGGGGACCAGCAAGAUGGGCCCACAACGGCGCGUGCCGCGACUUUCGAGUAUCAUCCCUGCGCCGGGCGCAGAGUCAAGCUGGCACAGCCGCCUGCUUCCGCCGCCUCGCACGAGCAGCAACCAGAGCGUCACGCCCGGAAGCGUCGGCGGAAGCGGAAGCGGCAGCGAGUCGACAACGGCACCAGAGCUCCAGCCCAAGGCUAGCGGCAACCAAGAGAGCAACGGCGACGACGACAGCGACGCUGACGGCGAUGCCGGCGGCCUCGUUGCCGACGUGCAGCUGGCCGAGCCGGACGAGGUGACUGUGGCGGCGGAAGAGAGCUUGCUGGCCCCGACCAAGGGUGCUCCGCCGGCGAUCCCGGCGUUCGAUCCGAUCAAGAUGCCGCGGGGCUCGUUCACCAUCCACUUUAUCCUCGACAACCGCGAGAGGCGGCACUCGCGCGACGUGCGCGGCAAAGUGUCGCUGGCCGGCGCGCUCGAGGCCAAGGGCGUCGCGGUCGAGGUGCGUGCGCUGGAGCUGGGCGACGCCAUCUGGAUCGCACGGCGCAAGGGCGGCGGCGGCGCCGAGGGCGACGAGGUGGUGCUCGACUUUGUCGUGGAGCGCAAGCGGCUCGAUGACCUGACCAGCAGCAUCCUCGACGGGCGGUGGAAGGACCAAAAGUUCCGCCUGUCGUCGUCCGGCCUGAGCCAGGUCGUCUACCUGAUCGAGGACUACGACGUCGACAACCAGAUGCGGCGGUUCGGGGAGCAGAUCCAGACGGCGCUGAGCAGCACGCAGGUGGUCGACGGCUUCUUUGUCGAGCGCACCGCCGGGCUCGACGCCUCGAUCGACCACCUGGCGCGCAUGGACCGCAUCGUGCGCGAAAUGUACGGCGAGGCGGAGCUGACGAUCCUGCCGGACGCCGUCGUGUCGCGCUCGACGUACACGCAGCUGCAGGGCGAGCUGCGCGCCGCGCGGCCCGACGUCACCUACCUGACGACGUUUGCGGCGUACCAGUCGCUCAACGGCAAGAGCGCCAGCCUGACGCUGCGCGAUGUGUUUGGCAAGAUGCUGCUCUGCGUGCGCGGCAUGAGCGCCGAAAAGGUGCGCGAGGUCCUCGAGCUGUGGCAGACGCCGCGCGAGCUGUGGGAGGCCUACGAGGCCAUCGAGAGCGGAGCGGGCAGCAGCGAUGCAGGCGGCGACGGUGGUGCCGGUGGCGGCGGUGGCGGUCAAAGGGGAUCCAAAGGCGGCGCGGGAAGCAAACGGAGCGGCAAAGGAGCUGGCGCUGGCGGUCACGAUGCGGCGACGGCGGCAGGAGCGACGUUGCUCUCGAGCCGCGUCAACCCGCCCGAGCAGCGCAAGAAGAUUGGAGCGGCACUGAGCGCCAAGACGCACGCCGUCUUCCGCAGCCGGUCCUAUGCGGCCUGA